GUGUCCUCUUCCACCUAUGGGAAAUGUACCAGGAGCUUCUGCUGGCAGCAGGCGUAGGCGGGACCUGACACCGACCACCUGGCAGCAGUAUUUCAGCUCUGCUGAAGAUGUCCAGCUGGAUGGAGGAGACGUGUUCCAUGUGUACCGGUCUGGCUCCUCCGGGCCGCUGCUCGUGCUCUUGCACGGCGGCGGCUUCAGUGGGCUCACCUGGGCGCUCUUCACGGAGCGGAUAGUGCAGAGUGUGGACUGCCAGGUGCUGGCCGUGGACAUGCGAGGUCACGGCGAGACGGCCGCCGCCGACGAGAAGGACCUGUCCAUGGAGCGGCUGGUCAGUGACCUGACGUCGGUGGUAUCGGCCGUGUACGGGCCGGCCGCGCCGCCGGCCGUCCUGGUCGGCCACAGCCUGGGCGGCGCGCUGGCCGUGCACGCGGCCCCACGCCUGGUGCUGCGGCCGCUCGUCGGCCUCGUCGUCAUCGACGUGGUCGAGGGCACGGCCGUCGACGCGCUCGGCGCCAUGCACACCUUCCUGCGCGGCCGGCCCGAGCGCUUCGCCUCCGUCCAGCACGGCAUCGAGUGGUGCGUUAAGUCCGGAGCUGUCAGGAAUGCAGAAUCGGCGCGCGUUUCCGUGCCGGGACAACUAAAAAACGUGAAGACGGACGCGCCGGCCACCCGUGACCUGGAGGAGGAGGACGAGGACGAGCGGGAGACCUCUGCUGCACCGCAGCCGAGCCCGCCGCCCACGGCCGCCCAGUCCUACACCUGGCGGAUCGACCUGGCGUCGACGGAGCCGCACUGGCAGGGCUGGUUCCGUGGCCUGUCCGGCCUCUUCCUGUCCGCGCCGCCUCCCAAAGUGCUCCUGCUGGCCGGCAUAGAUCGGCUCGACCGCGAGCUCUCCGUCGGCCAGAUGCAGGGCAAGUUCCAGAUCCAGGUGGUGCCCCGCUCUGGUCACGCCGUGCACGAGGACGUGCCGGACCGGGUUGCCGGCAUAGUCGCCACCUUCCUGGUCCGCAACAAGCUCACGCACGCGCUGGAUGGCUUCCAGACGAUACCGCCCGGCUGCUAGACGUCCGACGGUGUGCGGACUGCUGUGUGACAGGAAGGCGCUGGCUCAAAACGGACUGAAAAGCAGGCGCGCAAUGGCUGCUGGUGUGAUGUCGAAAAUGUGUGACGUGUUACGUAAUUGUGAUCUACGUUUUGACACGUGCCGCUGAAGCCAUGUACUUAAUGAAGGAAUGUGUGGUACCGUAAUUUGCGACAGCAGUGUUCCCUGCUGACUAAUGAAAUAUAUGUCCGA